GCAGGAUUUACAUAGCAGAACAGUUAAGAACACACUUGCCUAAGAGGAGGGAAGGAAGAAAGACUCCACCUGUACAGAUUGAGGACUUGUGUGUCUCUUGUGUGUGGUGGCUUUUGGAAAGUAACCAGCAAGAUGUCUUCGACAACAGCUGGGGCUACAUUACCAAGUGGCAUCAAGGUCCUGGCCUCUUUCCCGGAUGCUCUUGCCAUCGUUGAAUUCGUUUUCGGCGGCCUGGUCUGGAUCCUGGUGGCAUCUACUAGAGUUCAUGAUAACAUGAGUCAAGGCUGGGUGAUGUUCGUCUCAGUGUUUUGCUUCGUAAUUUCAACAUUGCUUUUGUUCCUAUAUAUGUGUGGAGCUCACGGAGGGAAAUCUGCCUGGGUUGCUGUGGAUGCUUUCUACCAAGUAAUUGCUACUAUCUUCUACUUGAGUGCGUCAGUUUUGCAAGCCUAUACCACCUACUAUAUGAAAACUGGGGUAUUCAAAAACUACCAGAUAGACAUUGCAGCAGUGGUUUUUGCCUAUGCAGUCACACUGACGUACUUUAUCCAUAUGGUGUUCUCGCUAGUGAGAUGGAAAGCAUCUUAAAACUCUGGAACGUCCUUUUGAAAAUGGAUUUUGCAGUCUGAUUUAGCCCGUUCAUGUCUGCCUGUGUCUUAAGAACUGUCUUUCUUUGGAGAUUUUGUAUAUGCAGUUGUGUAUACUUUACUGUAUUUUAUCAGGAAAAUCCUUGAGUAUGUAUUUUUACCUUAAUUCCCUCCCUCCUUACCAUUUUCUGAGUCUUCAUCAGAUAGCUUUCAGAAUGUAGAAAAACCGGAAACUCUCUUAAAUAUAUUUGUGUUUAAAUGCUUUUACGAAUGUAGAAGUCAGGUUUGUACAAAUAAAAUACUACAAGUAAAUGUU